ACAAAAGUUUGUGCUAUGUCAGCGGAAGAACGUCAGAGUCUGUCUUCUGUCCACACCCAUCCUUCCUCGUCUAUGAAACUGCCCAAAAUUCAGACUCAAGUAAAGCCUUCACUUCAGAAGUCUGAGAAACCCGAGCCUCGCAAAUAUGAUUCUGCAGUCUCGGGCAGCAUUGAGGAGCAGUACAAGAAGAACAGCGAGGAGGACGGAGACAAACUGUUUCAUGCAAGCAUGAGAGAACCAUCAUUCAUAAUUGACAUCAAAGCUCAAGAAAACAACCUCCAGAAGCUGGAUCGAGCUUUUCAAAAGAACAACAUUUCCUCUGAAAUAUACAACCUGUGCAGAGGAACCGUCAAUCAGACACUUAAGAGUGUUGAGCUGCGUCUCGGAUGUCUUUUACGGAGAUACAUCAAACAUGUCCAAAUGAAGCAAUUAAGGAAGACGCUCGAUGGAAAUUUCAAGGCGACCAGAAAUUUAAGGGAUGGACUGGAGUUCAAAAAAGUCCAUUCUCAGCUCUGCAAGUUUGACCGUUUCCAGCAGAGUGUAAACAAAAUCUGGGACGCCAAGCAAGCCUCCACCGAUGAGACACGAGGACUCUGCAUCGCACGGACGGCCCAUUUAUACCAGCAGGUGAAUGCGGUGCAUGGCCUACAUCUGGCAGGCAUAUCAUUUGAGCAAAGGCAUGUAUCACUGCCUCUGCUCACUGUGACACCCGUGCGGUUCAGCUCCAAUCUGCGUCCAUCUCCUCCUCGGGGACCGCGAACUUCACCCAGCAGAGCCAGUCCAGCACGUCAUCCUCAAAUCCACCCCAAACCUCUGCACCACACGACCAGGAACACACCAGGCAGUUUCCUGAAGAUCAGUCACAUUCAAUAAUGAUGGCCAGUGUCAACAUAAUGGCUUGUAUCUGAACCCAAGAAGAGAUUAUUGAAAUGUCACAAAGAUAAAACAAAAGCGAGGACGCAUCAGGAACAGACUCUGGAUAAAACAGAAGCACCGGCCUGUAGACAUAGGAAGAUGGUUUAAUUUACAUUUGUUACACUGCACUGCUCAGUCAGCGGUUAUUGACAUCUAAAUGUAGCCAUUGAUUGGUUAACCCAUAUUAGUGAUUUCAAGCUUUGCCAGUCAAAUAGCCUAUGUUAUAUUAAGGAAGAGCUAUGUCUUAAUCAGUGUAUAUAUUUUUUUUGUUUAAGCUUAUAUUGUAAUAAAUAUAUAAAUAAACAUAUGAAUAAUAAAAAUUAUAAAUAAUAAAGAUAUGAAUCUCUCUUUAUUGUUGGGCACUUAAG